AUGUGGCUACAGUCCCGCCGAAAACUUGAUCCGACUACUCGCUCUCUGAAAGGUCCUGCCCUGGAAGCGGUACGUAGUCGCCUUCUCCUUCCCGAAUCUGUCCCUCAUAUAAUCGAUACGCUUCGCCUAUUAUACGGGCGCCCGGAGCUGUUGAUAAAUGCGCUCAUCGAAAAGGUCCACUCCGUCCCCACGCCGAAAGCAGAGAAAUUAGAAUCUCUCAUCGACUUUGGGAUGGCAGUUCAAAGUUUAUGCGACCACCUUGAAGCUGCUAAUCAACAAGCUCAUCUGUCGAAUCCGUCACUGUUAAUCGAGUUAGUCGACAAGUUACCAGUGCAUAUGAAGAUGGAGUGGGUGAAGUAUAUGGAGAACAACCAGAAGGUGGAUUUAAAAGUGUUUGGUGAAUUUAUGCGUGGUGUAGUGAAGUCAGCUAGUCAAGUUACGCUUUACUCGGGUAUGGCGAACAAAGUGAAGAAAGGAGAAGUUGAAGACAAGUGGAAACAAAAACGUGCAGCAGUUAAUUCCCAUACCUUAGAGUCACCACGGCAGAGCGGCGGAGAAUGCACCGAGAGGCCGUGUGCGGCAUGCCGUCAGAUGAAUCAUCGAUUGAAGGAAUGCGGAGUGUUCAAGUCUUAUUCGGUCGAAGGAAGAUGUCGAUUCGUUCAGCAGCAUGGAAUCUGUCGUAACUGUUUGAACGCUCAUGGUAGACGGGCCUGCCGUAACCCUGGAGUUUGUGGCGUAAAUGGAUGCCAAUACCGCCACCACCCUCUAUUGCACUUUGCUCGCGCUAACGUACCUAGAAUGACGAUGGUGGAAAACCACGUACAUCGCGAAGUGGAGCCGUCACUCUACUUCAGAAUCAUUCCGGUUACAAUUUGUGGAGGUGGAAACAGUGUAGCAACCUUUGCUUUCUUAGAUGAUGGGUCGCAACUAACUCUAAUUGAAGAAGGGCUCGUGCGUCAGCUGGGCGUAGAAGGUAUGGAGUCACCAUUGUGUCUCAAGUGGACGGGGAAUAUGGCGCGGACUGAGAAUGGUUCUCAAACAGUAAGAUUAUCAAUAGUUGCGGAAAAUCAACGUCACUUCCCGUUGGCCGAGGUACGUACGGUGAAAGCGCUCAGUCUCCCCUGCCAAAGCCUAAAUGCUAGUCGGCUGGCUAACAAGUAUACGCAUUUGCGCCGAAUUCCAGUAAGCAGCUAUUCUGAAGCGGUACCGCGAUUGCUGGUAGGAGUUGAUAACCUUCGAUUGACUGUCCCAUUGAAAACCAAAGAAGGUCGAGUGAACGAACCCAUAGCGGUGAAAACACGUUUAGGAUGGUGCAUCUACGGCGGACGAGCCCGGUCAACAGAAGCAUCACUGAACUACCAUUCCUGCGAGUGUUCAUCGGAUCAUAAGAUACACGAUUUGGUGAAAAGCUUUUUCGAUGCAGAAACUGUUGGUACGUCGACCGGGUCAUCUUUAAUGUCGGAGGACGACAGAAGAGCUAGCAAUUUGCUAGAAACCACGGCAAGAAAGAUUGGCUCCAGAUUCGAGAUCGGGCUCCUGUGGCGGUUCGAUAAGUUUAAGUUACCUGACAGCUACGGAAUGGCCAUGAAACGUUUGGAAUGCCUGGAACGACGCAUGGCUAGACAACCAGACUUAAAAUCCAAUGUAGUGAAGCAAAUCGAUGAAUACUUAUUUAAAGGCUACAAUUACCGUAUUACCCAAGAAGAAUUGGAGCAAGCUGACGCCGAACGGGUGUGGUAUUUGCCUUUGGGUGUAGUGCUUAAUCCCAAAAAACCGAAUAAAAUCCGUAUGAUAUGGGAUGCAGCUGCCAAAUCACACGGAGUAUCGCUAAACGAUAUGCUCUUAAAAGGCCCUGACCAGUUAACUUCGUUACCUGGGGUGUUGUUCCGAUUCCGGCAAUUCGCUGUAGCCGUUUCUGCGGAUAUUGCUGAAAUGUUCCAUCAGAUCAUAAUUAGAGCGGAAGAUCGUCAUGCCCAGCGGUUUCUCUGGAGAAACAACUCUACUGCUGUCCCAGAAGUCUUUCUGAUGAACGUAGCGACCUUCGGUUCGACAUGUUCACCGGCCUCAGCACAAUUCAUUAAAAAUAAAAAUGCCAUGGAAUUUGCCCAGGAGUAUCCGCGCGCGGUUCAAAGCAUAAUAAAAAACCAUUAUGUUGACGACCUGUUGGAAAGUUUCGAAGAUGCUGAAGAAGCUGCUAAAGUUAUGCAAGAAGUACAGAUGAUUCAUGCCAACGGUGGGUUCAAUAUCCGUAAGUUCCAGUCAAACAGUCGCCUAGUAAUGGACAGUGUGGGAGAAGAUAGAGCUUCCGAUGUACGUAGCCUUGACUUGCCACAAAGCGACAAUUCCGAACGAGUUCUGGGACUAAUAUGGAACUCAUCUGAAGACCUACUGGGAUUCUCAACGAAAAUGAGCGACGACAUUCAAAGAGUAAUAUCAACAAGAACUUCACCAACUAAACGACAAGUUCUCAAGUGCCUUAUGAGCUUCUACGAUCCCCUAGGACUGUUGGCGAUAUUCACAGUGCAGGGUAAGAUUAUACUUCAAAGCAUCUGGCGCAGCGGUAUCCAAUGGGACCACCAGAUCAACGCAAACCUCCAACCUCGCUGGCAAGCAUGGGUAGAAUUGCUGAAAAUAAUACAACAGUUACGUAUAACACGAUGCUACUUCCUGCGAGCUACAUCCCAACAUUACUACCGUGUGCAGCUUCAUAUAUUUGUCGAUGCAAGCGAAGAGGCGUAUGCAGCUGUCGCCUAUUUUAGAAUAGUAAAUCAACGAAAGCAAGUGGAUUGUUCCCUUGUGGCUGCCAAAACUAAGGUAGCUCCUAUCAAACCAAUAUCUGUUCCUCGUCUGGAGCUUCAAGCAGCCGUGUUAGGUGUGCGCCUGAUGCAAAUGGUCGCUGAUGGUCAUUCCAUACAGAUAGAUCGAAGAGUUUUUUGGUCAGACUCCAGUACGGUGCUAGCCUGGAUUAACUCCGAUAACCGAAGGUACAAACAGUUUGUAGCGGUGCGUGUCGGCGAGAUUUUGACUGAAACGAAUGCUGGGGAAUGGAGAUAUGUACCAUCAAAGAAGAACAUAGCUGAUGCUGCUACUAAGUGGGGCAACGGACCUGAUUUCGGCCCGAACAGUGCCUGGUUUAAUGGCCCAGCGUUUCUGCGAAAUAGUGAGGAAGAAUGGCCAAUAGCUCCAUGCUUAAAAGAAGAUAACUCAGAAGUUCGUGCUGUUUAUAUUCAUCAGGAGCAGUCCAUGCCGAAGCUGGUGCUCAACUUGGAGAGGUUCUCUAACUGGAAUCGGCUACUACGGGCUACAGCCUACUUGUAUAGAUUUCUAAAUCGGACUCGCAAAAGAGAUAUUGCAAAACCAUACCUGUCUCAAGAGGAAUUAGUAGAAGCUUGGCAAUAUUUGAUCAAAGCCACACAAUGGGAGGUUUACCCAGACGAGCUUGCAGUCUUAACGCACAAGUUGCACCAGCCCAGCGACGUGCUCAGUACCGUGGACAAAUCCAGCAGCCUGUAUCAAUUAUCACCAAUGGUUGAUGAACUGGGAAUCCUUCGAGUUGACAGCAGAAUACAAGCGGCGGAACAUGUAAGCAACAACACAAGAAUACCUAUUAUUCUACCCAGAGAACAUAGACUGACCCAUCUGAUCAUCGACUCCAUCCAUCGAAAGUUUCACCAUGGAAGUCCGGAAACAGUUGUCAACGAAAUAAGGCAACAAUACCAUAUCUCAAAUCUACGUACUGUUGUCAGAAUAAUUGUCAGGAAAUGCCAAUUUUGCAAAGUUAAGCGAGCACAGCCGCGAAUACCCCGAAUGGCUCCAUUACCUUACGCUCGUCUAGCUUCAUUCACAAGACCAUUCAGCUACGUAGGGUUGGACUUGUUUGGUCCACUUUUCGUCAAAAUAGGCAGAAGCAAUGUCAAAAGGUGGAUUGCCUUAUUCACCUGCUUGACAGUUCGGGCCGUGCAUGUGGAAGUAGUGUACAGUUUGUCAACUGAGUCUUGCGUUAUGAGCGUUCGCCGAUUCGUUAGCCGUAGAGGUGCGCCUAUAGAAAUACAUUCGGAUAACGGAACGAAUUUCCGAGGAGCCGACAGAUUGUUGAAAGAUCAAAUUCAGAACAUCAGUGAAGCUAUGGCCGAGACAUUCACCAACGCAACAACCAAAUGGGUAUUUAUUCCUCCCAGUGCCCCACACAUGGGCGGAUCGUGGGAGCGAAUGGUCCGUUCCGUUAAAUCGGCCAUGGAAGCAGCUAACGGGGGACGGAGAUUGGACGACGAAGGUUUGCUAACGCUAUCGCAAGAAGCCGAAAGUAUGGUAAAUUCGAGACCAUUAACUUACCUUCCUCUAGACUCUGAGGAGGCAGAGGCUCUUACGCCGAAUCAUUUUAUACUAGGCAGUUCAAGCGGUGUACGACAACCAGCGGCGCGCCCAGCGAAUGAAGCUGCCGCUUUACGGAGUACCUGGGGACAGAUACAGCUUCAAAUGGACGUUUUCUGGAGACGAUGGACACGUGAGUAUCUGCCCACACUUACUCGGCGAGGUAAAUGGUUCGGGGAGGUAAAACCGAUUUCUGUUGGGGACGUAGUCUUUAUCGUAGAAGAAGCGAGAAGGAAUGGUUGGACAAGAGGUCGUAUUUGUAAAGUUUUUAAAGGGCAGGAUGGCCGUAUUCGGCAAGCGUUGGUUCAAACUAAUGGGGGUAUUAUUCGUAGACCAGUCUCAAGGUUAGCUAUAUUGGAUGUGGCGCCGGUUAGUAAAACUGGACCCGGAUCAUCCGCAGGCCAGUGUUACGGGGAGGAGGAUGUGCAUGCUGGCAGCCCUGCUUUGCCAGAUCUACCACAGCGCCAGGCGAACAACCCCUGA